CUGGAGAGAAGCCUCCUUACUUAGCCCACAGUGCUUCUGCCCGCCCUGAAUGUUUAACUUCACGUUCAGAAAUGUGUUACCCCCCUCCUCAGACCUCACACAAUUCACGAAUCUCCAAACAGCAGGAAACUGAAACUUCUAAGAAAGCAGAACCCAAGUCCAGGUGGGAGAAGGAGCCUGAGAAGACAGCUAAGACCUGCCAGAGACAGUGCCCGGCAUCCGGACGUCACUCCACAGAUGGCCACGGCUGGACCCUACAGUCAGCUGUGAUCCACAUCUGCAGCGAGACCUCCGUGCUCGACCAUGUCGUCUGGUCCCUGUUCAACACCCUCUUCUUGAACUGGUGCUGCCUGGGCUUCAUAGCAUUCGCCUACUCCGUGAAGUCAAGGGACAGGAAGAUGGUUGGUGACGUGACCGGGGCCCAGGCCUAUGCCUCCACCGCCAAGUGCCUGAACAUCUGGGCCCUGCUUCUGGGCAUCCUCAUGACCACUGCACUCAUCAUCCUUUCACCAGUAGUUCUGUGAUAAUAUUCCAAGCAAUUUCUCAGAUGACAAAGAAUCUCCAGGUACUCGCCAUCUGCUGCUGGUCCAGCCCCCUUGGCCUGAGUCCUGUGUCAGCCCUUUAUCCUCACUCACUUUGCUACAAUGGCAUCCAAUAAAGCGCACGUGUUUCUGGUGCUGUGGAAGGCAGGAUAUGAAGUGUCAGGAAAAGAGGCUCAAAUCUGCUCUAAAAGUGUCCAGUAUUUAAGCUUCUAUAUAAGCCAAGAGGAAAGGUGGCUUAGCAGUGAAUGGACAGCAGUGAAUGGACAGCAGUGAAGGGACAGCAGUGAAGGGACAGCAGUGAGGGGACAGCAGUGAAUGGACAGCAGUGAAUGGACAGCAGUGAAGGGACAGCAGUGAGGGGACAGCAGUGAAGGGAGAGCAGUGAGGGGAGAGCAGUGAGGGGAGAGCAGGCUGUUUGUGCACUUCCUACUCCAAUCACCCGGCAUCAGAGGUAAGAGAGGUCCUAGAGGCAGCAAGGUUCUGCGGCAUUUGGAUCCCAGAUUUCUUGCUCAUGGCUAAGCCAUUAUACGAAGCCACAAAGAGGAAGAAAGAAGGAGACCCUCCUCUAGGAGGCCGACCAGGAGAAGGCUUUUUUUUUUUUUUGAGACGGAGUCUCGCUCUGUCGCCCAGGCUGGAGGGCAGUGGGGCGAUCUCGGCUCACUGCAAGCUCCGCCUCCCGGGCUCACUCCAUUCUCCUGCCUCAGCCUCCCGAGUAGCUGGGAUUACAGGCACCUGCCACCACGCCGGCUAAUUUUUUGUAUUUUUAGUAGAGACGGGGUUUCACCGUGGUCUCGAUUUCCUGACCUCGUGAUCCGCCCGCCUUGGCCUUCCAAAGUGCUGGGAUUACAAGCGUGAGCCACCGCGCCCGGCCAGGACCGCCAGAUCUCACUAAGCUUCAGGACCGCCAGAUCUAACUAAGUAAGCUUUUCUUCUUGUUUGUCCAUGAGUGAAAGGGAGGCCAUGAAGGUUCUAACUCAAGCCAUAAGGUCAUGGCAUUGCCCGGCGGCAUACCUAUCCAGGCAAUUGGAUUCUGUGGCACUUGGAUGACCUCCUUGCUUUAAACACUGGCUGCCACUGCUCUACUGGUGCAGGAAGCUGAUAAACUGACUUCAGAGACUGUGAAUACCCUAAACCCGGCUGCCUUGCUCCUCUUCGAGUCAGUACCAGGAAUGUGGAUGGAGGAUGACCCAGGUGCAGAGGCAAGAGACUGAAGGCACAAACUGUUUCAAUACAAUAAAGAAAAUAGAGUAAGAAUAGUUAUAAUACAAAUUAGAUAUAGAGAUGAUCAUGGACAUUAUCAAUCAUUAGUAUAAACAUUAUUAAUCAUUAGCUUUUAUCAUGGACAUUAUCAAUCAGCAUAAACAUUAUUACUUAUUAGCUUUUAAUAUUACUCUUUGUUGCAUUACUAAUAUAACCUAGGAAUAACCGGGGGGUAUAGGGUCAGGUGCUGAAGGGACAUUGUGAGAAGUGACCUAGAAGGCAAGAGGUGAGCCCUCUGUCAUGCCCGCGUAAGGGCUGCUUGAGGGCUCCUUGGUCAAGCAGUAACCCCAGAGUCUGGGAAGAUGCCCAUUACUUAGCAGACCGUGAAAGGGAGUCUCCUUUCCUUGGAGGAGUCAGGGAACACUCUGCUCCACCAGCUUCUUGUGGGAGGCUGGAUAUUAUCCAGGCCUGCCCGCAGUCAUCCGGAGGCCUAAACCCUUCCCUGUAGUGCUUCAGUGGUCACACUCCUUGUCCACUUUCAUGUUCCUCCCCUACUCCUGGUUCCUCUUUGAAGUUCGUAGUAGACAGCGGUAGAAGAAAUAGUGAAAGUCUUAAAGUCUUUGAUCGUUCUUAUAACUGCAUAGAAGAAAACGCUGACGUUUGCUGCCUUCUCUCUCUGCUCGGCUACCUAAGAGGGAAAGGCCCCCCUGUCCUAUGAUCACGUGACUCGCCUGACCUUAUUAAUCACUUGGACGACUCACCGUCCUUACCCUGCCCCCUUGUCUUGUAUGCAGUAAAUAUCAGUGUGCCCAGCCAUUCGGAGCCACUACUGGUCUCCAUGUCUUGGUGGUAGUGGUCUCCCAGGCCCAACUGUUUUCUCUUUA